AUGAAGAGUUUUGCUCUCCUUUUCUUAGUUGUGAUCUGUGGCAUGGGAGGACUGGGACAGAAGCUGAAGCCAAAGAAAAGAAGCAAUGGUGAAGAAAUCAAGUUUCGGACUAAAACCAAAGAUGUUUGCACAAUCACCAUGAGUGGCGAUGACGAGGAGAUGCAACUUAGAAUUGAAUGUAAAAGCCAAGGCAUGUCCUACUGGUGUGAAUUCACUGGCAAGCCAUCAGUCUGUCGUGCUUUUAGAAACAAUCCAAAGAUUUACUGGAAUCAGAUCGCCGCAGAACUCAGGAAGAUCCCGCACGCUUGCGAAUCCAUGGAAGUGUUGAAGAUCACCAUGUGCCAAAAGGCUCCCCCAGAAGCUCUCAUGAGGCAAAUAGCUGCUGGUGUGGAGCCAGAAGACCCAGCAGACCAGGAAAAAUCAGUCCAGAAAGCUUCUAUCCCUAUGAGAGAAGCAGGACAAAACUCUGACCCAACCCAACAUGGUCAAGGGUCUGAAAAUGAAACAGAAGCAAUGAAACUGGCACGGGAGCAUUGCUGGGAAUCUCUGCAUGGAGUCUGCUCCUACAUCAUUGGCAUCCUUAGGGGUUAAGGAUUUUCUUCAGAGCAAUGAUAUUACAGCUGAAGAAGGGUCCUUGCUGCAUCGUAG